AUGAUGAUCGUGGUUUCUGAGGAGGAUCCUACAGAGGAGAAUGAUGACACCGAGCCUGACUAUACUCCAGCCGAGCACUCGUCCGAGCCGGACUACAGUCCAGCUGAUCACUUCAGCUUGGACCCUUCCAAGCCCCUUUAUUCACCAGUCUACACACUAGCUGGACUUGAGUUUCUCAGCUCAAAUUAUGAGCUGGAUGAGGACAAGGAGUAUAAUGCCACCUCGCUUGAGAUCUUACCACCCCGCCCCACUCUUUCACAUCGAUAUUUCAGAGCAUACACUACUGGUACUUGGGUGAAACAAACCCCAAGAAAGACUAUUGUCAUCCCAUAUCGAAAGAGAGCAGGAUCCCCACCAGCAUCACCACCGCCAUCAAAGAAACCGUGA